CCGAAUUGAAGACUACAGGCCGAUGAUUGGUGCUAUAAAUGAUAUCUGUACAUCCCUUGAUGGAAACCAACGUGGUGACACCCGCAUGCUCGUUGAAAUCAUCGUGGAUGUGGUUAAAGGUCAAGGCGUUGCCUCAGGCAAAGUGAUUCCCCGAAGCUUACAGAUCGGCCCCGAUUGUUACGACGCUGUCAAGCAGGAUCUUACCGAGCGAUUGCAAGUAUUGGAGUCGUGGAAAGACGUCAUUAUUAGCACCGACUUGCCUGUGGAACCUCGACUGUGAUGAUAGGUCCUGAGUAAAUGUGCACUUUCUGUACCACGUAUCUCUCAUGCCUAUUACAUACUAGUGGCAUAUGUUGAUCUGUCCAAGACUGAUAGUCAACCAAUGACUGUCAGGAACGUAAACAGGAACCCACAUUUCAUCCAUGCAUGGUAUACGCCAAGAUGAUAUCAACAACAUCCUUGAUUUCAUACCUGAUAUGCAUUUAUCCAUCCUGAUAUCUGGCGUUAAUGGAUUUAUUGCUACAGAAGUAGCGUUGGCAUUUCUGGAAGCCGGAUACCACGUUCGUGGUACUGUACGCACGCAGGCCAAGGCAGACGCUUGGUUGGCACUACCGUCCUUUGUACCGUAUGCAGCGUCAGGAAAGUUGGGGUGUGUGCUAGUAGGCGAUAUCGUCGCAGAAGGAGCCUUUGACCAGGCCCUCGAGGGUAUAGAUUAUUUUAUACAUACCAUCGCCCAACUCCCUGAUUGGCGAUCUGGCGUUUCUCAGGAUUAUGAGAAAAGUAUCCUUAUCCCGAAUAUAAACGGCACAGUCAGCGCCCUUCGCUCGGCAGCAAAGUCCCCAAAGUGUAAGAAGGUUGUCACCGUAAGUUCUAUUGCUGCUGCUGCGGACUUUUCCGUACACAAUCAUACCGAACACAUAACUGGCGAGUCGUGGAAUCCUCGCGACUACGAAUAUGGGAAGAAUGCACCCCAUCCUUUGUUAGCCUACACUACAUCGAAGAAGCUGGCAGAUGAAGCUGCGUGGAAGUUCAUGAAGGAGACCAAACCUCAUUUUGCGCUUGUCAAUAUGCUACCUUGCUUCGUCUACGGUCCGACCCACGGCCAUGAUCCUUUCGGUAUUAACAACGGCUCUAACCAAUGGCUAGCCGGGCCGCUUUUUCGCGCCGACUGGAAUUUCCAAACUACAUCUGGAGGCCCUGUCUUGGUCGACAUUCGAGACCUGUGCACGACUUUCGUGCGCGUCGUCGAAAAAGAUGAAGCCAACGGACGUCGAUUUGUUCUGGGCUGCUCUAACGUUUCUAUUUUUCCGUCGGACUUCGUAUCAAUUUUUGCCAAGGAGUUUCCUGGACGCGCACACUUAUUGCCUUCUGUGCCAGUGGAUCUUGUCAACACGCCAGUGUUCACCAUCGAUAGCAGUGAGACUGAAAGAGCACUUGGCAUGAAGUUCAGAUCGCCGGAAGAGACACUAAUCGAUACUGCGAGGUGGAUGAUAGAUAAUGGCGGGGAGCAAGCUUGGAAAGGUGUUGAAACAAGAUAUUAGACGUACAUCUAUUAGUUACAC